CCUCCCUUUGGUCUGUGUCUCAGAGGUUCACUUCGCAGAGCGCUUCGUUUCCACAAGGAUAUGUUCCUAAAACAUCCCUGAGUUCGCCACCUUGGCCAGAAAUUGUUCUGCCAGACCCAGUUGAAGAGACCCGACACCACAGAGUGAACAAGCUGAUCGCCACAGGGCAGUACGGCAGGCUCUUUGCCGUGGUGCACUUUGCCAGCCACCAAUGGAAGGUGACUUCUGAAGACCUGAUUCUAAUUGGAAAUGAAUUGGACCUUGUGUGUGGAGAGAGGAUUCGACUGGAGAAGGUCCUGCUGGUUGGGGCGGACAACUUCACGCUACUCGGCAAGCCACUGCUUGG